AUGCAAACCCAGGGCUACGCCGUGAUCGGGAUCGAGCAAACCUCCGCCAGCGUCUCCAUCGCGGAAUACGCGUUUCCGCCCCGUGCGGUGGUGGUGUUGGGCUCGGAAGGCCACGGCAUCCCGGCCGCGAUUCUGCCCUUGUUGGAUGUUUGUGUGGAGGUCCCGCAAUACGGGGUGAUUCGCUCUUUAAACGUCCACGUCACCGGCGCGAUCGUGAUGUAUGAGUACACCCGACAACAUUUAAUGACCCGGGGGCGAGCCGCGAUUCCGGCCGCGCAGACCCCACCCUAA